CCUUUUCGCUGCCAGCAGUGCACGCACAUCAACAACAACAACAGCAACAACGACAGCAAGAAGCAUGGCAUCGAGCAUGCGUAUAGCGAGCCUUCGCACCUGUCGCCCCCCAGUUGUGGCUCGCGCUCGGGCCCUGCCGCUCGUGCACAGGUUGCACACUUCUGCUAUCCGCCAAAAUGUUCCCUCGUGGCCGCCGGGACCGGUCCCAGAGAACCCAGUCACGCCGUCUGAUGACCUCAGUUCGGCGUCGAGCAAGAAAAAGGAGCACCAGUCGUGGUGGCAUGACUGGCUGCACAGCCCUAGCUUCCAGGCUGCCCUGACGACCGUCGUCGGCCUCGGCAUGGUGUUUGGCGCGGGCACGGGAUACUUGUACUGGUACAAGGCGCAUGUGCUCUCGCGAGUCGAGGGAGCGUUCGAGGGCGGAUAUGUGAGUUGGUCGAAAGAGGAAUGGCAGCUCACACCACAGGACCCCGCUCUAGAGCUCGCAUCCGACCUUGUCCUCCCGCACACACACCACGUCAAGAGGAGGGAGCAGCCGCUCAUCGACGCCAUCUUCCGCGGCGAAGAUGCUGGUGGCUACUACUUGAUCAUCGGGCCCAAAGGAACCGGCAAGGGGACCAUGCUGACCGACGCGAUGCGUGCUAUCCAUGCCGAAGGCAACUCGAUCUGUGAAGCCCACCCCGAUCUCGAAGUCUUCCGCCUUCGCUUGGGCAAGGCCCUCGACUUUGACUACUUUGAGGACUGGCAGGGUUCGCUCUUCUCCCGCGCUGACCCGCGUAACGGUGGGCCGUCGUUGGACAUUGAGCGUGCCAUGACCAAGCUCGAGAAGGUUGCGUUGAAGUAUGCGCGCAAGAAUGGCCGACCACUGGUCAUGGCCUUUACGAACAUCCACCUCUUCCCCAACACCGAGGAGGGCCAUGCCGUCCUCCGCCAGCUGCAGCAGCGCGCUGAGCAGUGGGCCGCACGGGUAUGUGACAUCGUGGCGGCGUGGCUGAUGUUUCAGGGCAUGAUGACCAUGGUGUUCACGACUGACGACUUUUGGUGCCUCGACAAGAUGAAAAAGACGGCCAACCGCAUGAGGAUCUUGUCCGUGACGGAUCUCACGGCGGCCGAGUCCAUCUCCGCGCUGCGCUCUCUUCGCCGACACUACCUGGGGCGUGGCUGCCCGCCGGCCGAGGAGGUCAGAAUCGAGUCGGAUGAUGUCCUCCGACGCGUCUACGAACUCGUGGGAGGGCGUACCAGCUUCCUCGCACGCUGUGCGCGCGCGAGCAACAUGAUUGAGGAGGCGGAAACCAUGAUAGAUCUGGAGAAGGGCUGGCUGUUGUCAAAAAUUGGCCUGAUCCCAGAAAUGGAUGACGACGUAAUGGACGAACAAAAGUGGGCCAGUUGCUCGUGGCUCCUCUUGCGGGACCUGGCCGAUAAGGGACCCGCACUUGACCCGCCUCUUGGGCACCGCCCGGACCACGACGCCGUCGACUCUCCGGAUGGCAUCCAGUUAACUCCGUCGGUUUAUGACCAGACGUCGGGUUGUCCUGCCCCUAUCGACGACGAGAAUGAGUCAGUCCCCCACGUUCCUGCGGCCGACCUCUCGGUAGAUGUGGAGCUACCCAAGGUUACGUUUGACGACGCACGGCGUCUGAUGACACGCACGGAUUUCUUUGAAGGGCUGGACCAUGACAACAUCAUAUCCAUUGACGUACGGCACGACGUGCGACCUGACAACAUGUUGAUCCUGCGCGCGGCCCAACAAGUCGUGGCAGAAGAAGACUUUGAUUCAAUGCUAGACCAGACGCGCGACCGCGUCGACGAGAUUGAAGCGAGCGAGUAA